AGUUAAGUUGUCAAAGUGAGCAUUCAAAACGAGCGGGUAUGUUGACCCUCUGUGGCGCAGAGGAGGAAACACUGGAGUCUUUCAGAGCUCCACUGCAUGACUUUGUCACUGGGAGAGCCUCAAAACUCUUGCCCGCUGAAGGGCAUUUUUGCCUGCUAGAAAGCUUUUCAGCUUCCUUGGGGGGGAAAAAUAAACCAAAUGUCUGUAUGGAAGGCAAGAUUUCUUUGUGCCACAGCUUUCAUGUACCUAUGCAUAGAGGCUUGGCUAUUCAGACGUGAAGAGUUCAUUGGUUAACAUCUGAUUCGGCCAUUCCUAGGAACUGCCAGUGAAAAAAACUGCAGCAAGGGCAGAAGAGACAGGUGACGUAGGCUUCAAAUUGCAAACUGACGGAAAAGCAGCAGUCAUGGCAACCUCAGGGAAAAACCUCCAACUGGAUUGUUUGUGGCAUUGAAAGACCUUUUUUUUUCCCAAACUGUGUCUACUUUUUACUUGUGUGUGUGAAAUGUCCCUCCAGAGGAGUGUUUACAGGAUGUUAUCUGUCUCCGUCCCUGCCCCUUAUCCCUUGGAGUGGGUUCACUGGAAUGCACAGAGGGGAUGGAGGAGCUCCAAGAGGGAGUGACAUAGGACAGAGUGUAUAUAUACAUCCCGACCCUGGGAGGUUCCUGCUCAGAGGCACAGCUGGUCUUUUCUAGAAGUGGAUUGUACCCCUACGCACUUGCCGGACUUGUGUCUCUUUCAGAUUUCAGAAGAAGAAGAUAAUUUUUUUGAAUUCAAAGAUGAAUCGCGUGGAGGAAUGGGUGAUGCAGAACAGGAGCCAAAUCGAGAAAGGUGUGGAAAUAAUUGGCCAAAGCUGUGAGGUGCUAGCAGGCACAGUUGGCCAGCUCCAUCCAAUCCUGGAAGCUGUGUUUGUGGCAGCAUCUGAACUCCUUAGCAACCCAGAUGGUCAGGAGGCGAGAUACCUGGCCGAGCAGUUUGGGAAGGUAAACCAAAAGCUGGAGGGCAUAAAGGCCGAGAUUGACCAGAUUUCCCGAGAGAUCCAGCGAACGUCCAUGAACAAGCAGCAUUUUGACUUUGAAGCUCACAUGCUCAGCCAAUACGACACAUUCCAGGCCUUUGUGAAUUCUAAGCCUGAAUUCAGGAAGAAGAAAAUGGAAAAGUUUUUAAAACAAUAUGAAAACACAGAGGGUGACCUGAACAUAGACGCCCUUUACAAUGCAGUAACUGGAGAAAACCUCUCUGGAGACCAUCUUCUGGUCACAGUGGUUGCCACCGAACAGCGGAGCCGAAGGGCUGUGGAGGACUUCUGUGCUCGGUUGAAGAAGCUCUUCGUGGUCGGCAUCAUAGCAGUAAUGGGUUACGCCUCCCUUAAGGAUGGAGCCAUAGGCGAGGGAAUGGUUAAGAAAUGGCAGGAGAGAAUGGAGAUAGUGGAGAACCACAUGAAGGCUGCUGUGGACGACUGCAUACAAAACUUUGCCACUCAAGCCAAGAUGGACAUGGAGAGUGAGCUUCUGCAGAACCCUGGCAGCGUUGAUUCCCAGUUUACCAAGUCGCUUUUAGAUAUUCUUGCCAGAAAAUAUGACUGGGUCUCCUGGUCUGUUCAGGUCUUCAGUCACAAUGGCCUGUUCUUAUGGAACUGGCUGGCUGGAAAGAAAUGCUAUGGCAGCAGUGGCAACAACUGCUUCGACAUCCUGACCAAGAACAACAUGCGGGUCAUGGUGUCAUUUAGCGCCGCGCCGAGGCAGAUAAACAAGCCCCAGAUCCAAGCGCAGAUCGAGAGGCAGAAGAUAAAGGGGGACAUGGAGGAUGCAGCUCAGUCGCUUGGCAACAGCCUGCCCAGUUGCGUGGUGCAUGCCGUCAGCCAGUACAAAGAAGUGGCAGAAUCCAACAACUUCCAAGUGGAGUGCUAUUACUCUUUGCAGUAUAAAAAAGCAUAUCUGUGCUUUCACUCUGACUAGCCUUUCGAUGGGCAAAGUUUGAGAGGCAUCAUUGUCUUAACAUUGUCUAAACUUAACAUCUAUCAGUAAACACUCAUGCAUAAUUGUUUUUUAAAGGGUUGAGGGUUACAUUUUGCAUUCUGUUUAGACUGUUGGAUUUUUAAAACGUUUGUCAAGGGUUUUGGUAUAAUGUUUAAACAUCAAGAUUUAUGGGAAUGAGAUUUUUGUUGAUCUUUUAUAUGCGAAAUAAGCAUUUCAUAUCUUCACUAUAUAUAUAUAUUAAAUAUACAUAUAAAUACA